AUGUUAUUAGGGUCACAUUUAAGAAAAAAUCCUGUUGAAAUUCGAAAUAUUCAAAGAACAUUCAAAAAUAAAAAUAAUAUUGAAUAUGAUCAAAACUCAUAUAAUGAGAAUGUUUUUCAAGAAUGUUGUUACGUAUUAUCAACUUAUGACGACACCUCUCUCUUUUCAUUAAAUUUAAAUUCAUUAAGUAUCAAUAUAUUCAGAGAAUAUAUUACCGAUAGGUUGGCAAUCCUUCAUUUAAUUGAUGUUAAAUCAAAGCUUGAAGAUAAUACAAAAACAUUAACAGAUUCAACGAAUAGAUCAUUAUUAGAAAAAUUACUUUCCGAAAAAGGAUUCAAACUUUUUGAUUCUCUAACUCCAAUUAAUAAAACAAGUCCAUCACAUUUAGAGAAUUGUUGGAGAAAGGAUCUUUUAAGUCAUUUCUUACUUAAAUUAUGUUUUAUAAAUAAUAAAGAUAAACAAGAAUGGUUUAUUGAACAGGAAAUUAAACUUCUUCUCUUUAAAUUAUCUACAAUAAUAAGUAGUAAUUUAUUUAACCAAAAAAGAGAUAAUAUUAAAAGUAGUAAAUCGUUUAUUAUUGAAAAAUUACUUAAAAUGUAUGGAGUUAAUUAUCCAAUUUGGAAUUAUGAUCAAAUUAAAAAUUGCAAUGAUAAUAAUAAUAAUAAUAUUAAUGAACAACUCAAACUUUGGGAAGAUGCUAUUUGUGCUAUACCAAAUGGACAUCUUAUUAAGAGAUUAAUUAAAAUCCCUUUUUGGCCUGACGGAUUCAAAUAUAUUAAAAACAGAAAGUAUUUUAUUAAAGAUGGUAUAUGUUUUGUUCCAGACACAGAAAUUGAAUCUUUAUUAAUACAUAAAUAUAGAAAAGAAUUAAUUCAUUCAUUCAUCAAUUUAAAAGAAAAUGAAAUAUUACUUGAAAAAACAAUUCUUUCUGACCAAAGAGUUUCAUCAUUAAUUAGAGAAAUAUCAGAAUAUUACUUUACAACUAAUGAUUUUGCACCAUCAUUUAAUUCUUUAAAUGAAAAUCAGGCCGUUAAUAAUUUCAAACUAGAUACUUUAAAUAUUAAUCAAGUUUAUAUUUCAUCAUUCCCAUUAUGUAUGCGUCAUUUAUUUGAAAGUUUAAAGAAAGAUCGUCAUUUAAAACAUUGGAGUCGUCUUCAACUUUGGUUAUUCCUUAAAGGUUGUGGAAUGAAACUUGAAGAACAACUUUCUUUAUGGAAAUCACUAUGGACUGAUAAUAAUUCUUUUGAUAAAGAAAUCAAAUAUAAUAUUCGUCACGCAUAUGGACAAGAAGGAAAAAGAAGUAAUUAUUCGCCAUACCCUUGUAAUAAAAUUAUUAAUAGAUUACCUCUUCCUGGAAACGGCCAAAAUCAUGGAUGCCCUUUUAAAACUUAUGAUACUUAUCCUUUACAAAAAUUAUUACAAAUAUAUUAUGGUCAUCUUAUCACAAAUGAAGAUAUAAAAAAUAUUACACAACUUAGUAAAUCUGGUCAUUAUCAAUUGUCAUGUAUACAAUUGUUUAAAUCAUUACAUUUGAAAUCUGACUCUGAAGGUAUUGGGAACCAUCCUAAUUCUUAUUUUAAAAAAUCCAUUCAAAAUUAUAUUGAGAAUAAUAGUAAUUUAUAA